UUUCUCACUCUCUCAAACCACACAAAGAGACACACAGCGAGUAAACUAACUUAAAGCUAUGAACAAGCAAGGUUUCAAGACACUUAAGUUUAGGAGAUGGGGAAAGCGAAUCGGAAGCUCAACAACAGCUUCCGCGACGCUACGAAACUCAGAGGAAAGAAGAACGAUUGUGGCGUUUGCGUUCUCAUGUUGUGGAAAACCUCCUCGCGUUCUCCUGAAGCAGUUUGUUUGGAGGUUGAAAUCACGUUUAAGGUGGUCGCGGAAGAGUGGUAGUAAUAAUAUCCAGUGUAGGUAUGAUCUCCGGAGCUAUCAUCUGAAUUUCGAUGACGAUUGGUCUUUUUAAACAAAUUGUUAUUAUUAUCUUUUGAGCCUUUUUUAUUUUCAUAUUACGUAUAUACUUAAAGUCUCAAUCUUAUAUAAAAAGCAUUUCAAUAAUAUUCGUGUACGUUCUUUUUUCAUAUGCUUAAUUUUGUUUCUUACGAAAAGCUUUGUAUAUAUUUGUUGAACAAAAUGCUUAUCAAAUAUAUAAACAAAAUCGUAUAUCUUAGAAAAAUUAUCAAUGCUUCUGAGACUAAAUAUCAACCAACCCGAUAUGUCAACCUCCAUUAUCACCAAGACGCUUGGAUACAAUCAAAUCACUGCAUAAACCGAGGAUGCAAUCAGAUACUCUCUGUGAUUAUGUUGUGUUGUUCCUUUAUGAGAUGUUUUUGUUCUAUGUUAAAAUGGUCGUUUAAAAACCUUGAUUUGCCUAUAGAUGAUUUUGUUUAAUUACCUACUAAAACAUAAAACUAAAGUGCAAAAACAUGUCACGGUGGUAUAAGUCUAUUAAAGUGGUAAUAGAUUAUACAGAAUUGAAUACUUUUUAUAAUACUAAUUUUUUAACAACAAACUUGUCGGCAAUUAACUUCUUCAUAUUAGUACAAAAAAUUGGAUUAGGGUGGAGGAUGAUGCACUUUGGACUAUUCUUAAAGUAUACGUGCCCCAACAAAACACAAGUGUGAAGAUCCAUGCCUAUACUUACACUCUGCCUAAUCAUACCUUCACUAAUAAAUUUUCUAAUUUACAUAUAUGAACUACAAAGUCAUCGAUUAGGCAAAAAAAAAAACUACAAAUU